AUGGGUUGCUGUGGCUGUAGAGGCAACAGCUGUGGCGGCUGUGGUGGCUGCAGUGGUGGCUGUGGUGGCUGCGGUGGCUGUGGCAGUGGCUGCGGUGGCUGUGGUGGCUGUGGUGGCUGCACCACAUGUACCUGCCGCCGUGUGGGCUGCUGCUCUGCCUGCUGCCCCUGCUGCUGUGGUUGCUGUGGAGGCUGCUGCAGUCCCAUGGUCAUCUGCUGCCGCCGCACCUGUGGUGGCUGUGGUAAGGGCUGUGGCUGUGGCAAGGGCUGCUGCCAACAGAAAUGCUGCUGCCAGCAAUGCUGCUGUAAGAGGCAAUGCUGCUGCUAG